AGGGCGAGGUUUGCUGAUUUCUGUGAACUUUCUGCCUCUCUUCUUUGUCCUUUACAACAUCAAAUAUGAAGGAAAUGUCGCUAUUGUUAGGAUUAACCCUUUUACUAACCUUCUUAGCUUUAGGUUAUACCUCGGGUUAUACCGAGUCCUGCGGGUACUUAAUAAGAAAAGAUGGUAAAACGAGGGCUCUCAUAAAUGGAAGCAUUACUGUUGAUAUUGAACAACGAGGGCCUAAAGGGACGCGUAAUACGACGUAUAAUGUUACCUGUUCAUCCUCAAGCGAGCUGAACAGUACUGACUGUGUUAGCUGUACUGACAAGAUGAUAACUGGGACUUUUUAUGAUGUCACUUUAACUAAUAGCAAUGAGAAUCUUUUUGCUAAUAUUACUUAUACAUUUAAAGCUGACACUAAAAAUCAAGAUUGGUCUUUGUCAAAUAUGACUAUCAGUAUAGAUGAAGAUGAAGAUGAAAACAACCAGACUGUGGCACUUGAAGGUUGGGUUGAUGGCUAUAAGUACAUCAUGAACAAUGUGUCUCUUGAUUAUCAAAGAUCUUACCAGUGCAAGGCUAACAUGUCCUUCCUUAUGAAUUGCAGUGUGACGACUACUGAUGGCAAUAUGAGCAAUAUGUCAUCUUGUAGUGGAGAGUCAUUGUAUAUCUCUUUUGUCAACUUUCAAGUUCAAGCUUUCAGUUUUUAUAAUGAUCCUAAUGCGACUACUUUUGGAAAUAGCUAUAUGUGUGAUGCUGAUACCACUGGAUCUAAGAUUGUUCCAAUUGCUGUUGGGAUUGCUCUAGCUGUACUAGUAUGCAUUGUCCUUAUUGCUUAUCUCAUUGGAAGGUUCAAGAGCCGCAGACAGAGCUCUUACGAGACUCUUAAAUAGAAAUAACUGUUUAUAAUUACUUUAUUUUUUGUUAUACUGAGUGGUGCUUUUUACACAUGGCUCAAAAAUAAUAAACGACCCUA